AAUGACCCUGCCUGUGUGUGCGUCCUGUUGCGAAAGAGAGGCGUGGCCUGAUAGACAAGAUUAGUACAUUUCCUGUGCUGCCAAGAAGGAGUACAGCAGCUGCACACCACUGGAGAGCUUGGCAGGGAAAUCCGCUCUGCAGAAUCGGGUGUCAUUAUUUACUGAGCGCGGGGGAGUUUCUUUUCACGUGGGAUCCGCUUUCAUAGACUAACCAAGGCAGGAACCAACCGAGGAACGCCUGUGUUUUUGGCAGCCUCUUGCCUUUCACCCAAGUUGGUGAAACUUACUGAGCAGACUCCAGGGCUGCUCCUGGGUGAGUCUCGUUUCCUGUGCUGAUCUCGGCUGUGCACCGAUCCUCCUUGUGUGCUGCCGUCAUUGUGUCACUCUAUCUUAGGUGCUGUUGUUUCCCGGUCUUCGGCUCUUUACAAUCGUUCUCAUCAGCUAAUUUCUCCCUGGGCUUCUUCUAAGAGCGAUUCUCGUUCGUGGGCAGGGGCAGCCCCAUUGUUAACGCUGCACCCAGCCUUCUGUUUAUAUUGCUGUAUAGAAGAUGCACUAUUACCGAUACUCUAACCCAGAAAUCAGCUGUUGGUACAAAUACCUGCUUUUCAGCUACAAUAUCAUCUUUUGGCUAGCUGGAGUUGCUUUCCUUGCAGCUGGGCUUUGGGCAUGGAGUGAAAAGGGUGUAUUAUCUGAUCUCACGAAGGUAACCCGUCUCCAUGGCUUUGACCCGGUGGUACUUGUCUUGGUGGUUGGAGGAGUGAUGUUCGUUCUGGGAUUUGCUGGUUGCGUAGGAGCAUUGAGGGAAAACAUCUGCCUUCUGAAGUUUUUCUGUGGAGCAAUCGUACUUAUAUUUACAUUGGAGCUGGCUGCGGCAGUGCUGGCUUUCUUGUUCCAGGACUGGGUGAGGGACCGGUUCAAGGAAUUCUUUGAGAAUAACAUUAAAUCCUACCGAGAUGACAUUGAUCUACAGAACCUCAUUGACUCAUUGCAGAAAAUUAACCAUUGCUGUGGUGCUCAGGGGCCAGAUGACUGGGAUCUUAACAUUUACUUCAACUGCAGUACUGAAAGCAAAAGUCGUGAGAAGUGUGGGGUCCCCUUUUCCUGCUGUGUUCCUGAUCCUGCUCAAAAGGUUGUGAAUACGCAAUGUGGAUAUGACAUCAGAGCACAGAAGAAAAGCCAAUGGGACAAUUUAAUUUUCACCAAGGGUUGUAUCCCUGCUCUUGAAGCUUGGCUACCCCGAAACAUCUACAUCGUUGCAGGAGCCUUCAUAGCUAUCUCAUUGCUGCAGAUUUUUGGGAUUUUCCUGGCCAGGUCACUGAUUUCGGAUAUUGAAGUUGUAAAGGCAGGUCAUCUUUUCUGAAGACUAAAGUAGACACCAGCUGUGAAGACAAAUACAUUUUCACUGCUAUUGAUUUGACAUCAAGGUGAAAAGAAAUUGACACACACACAGGCCUUGGAAUGCUCCAGGUUUUAAAAGCCUUAUUUUUGUAUCAGCCAGAUGUUACUCUGCUUCUGCUUUUGCUGCAGGCUGGUGCAGAAAGAACACACUGCUUCCUCCCCCAGAUCCCCUUCUCCCCAAUGCAACAUCUGUUUCUUUUUCCAAGGGGAAGACUAGAUUUUAAACCUCUUUUGAUGUGGAAGAGAUUCCCCUAAAUCUAUGAGGGAUGGACUAAAAGACUCCAGUAAGCAGAAAUGGAAACUGCUAUAGACCAGUCCCUUACCUUGAAGAACUUGCUGUUGUAAGGGCUGUUUUGUCUUGACUCCCAGCUACCAUCAUUGGAGGUUGCAAAUGUUGCAUUCAUUAUGUGGAUCAUAGCUGCAUCUGUUAUGGUGUUUGUCAUGGUCUUGGAAGAGAGUGUCCUAAAGAUCGACAAUGACCACGUUGAUGGACUAGUCAAAGGAGGUUACUUAAUGUCUAUUCUCAAAACAUUGUAGUCUGUUCUCGAAACACCAAGCAUUUCAUUGUGUCCUGUUUGAAUGGAAGGCCCAGGUAGUUAUGUCAUUGGAUUAUGGGAGUCAUGAUAGUCUUGGUAUUAGAGACCGUAAAAAAUGCCAUUAAGUCUCCAGUUGUCAGAUGGAACCUCAGCUGUGCAGAAGUAGGGAAUGUCCCUAUAUGACCUGCUAAUGUAGAUAUUUCAGAAGGGACUCAAAUGCUUGAGUAACAGAAGCCACUUAUUUUGAAAGUUCUUGCCAACAUAAGUUUCUUAAGAGGGAGUAAUUUAAUUAUACAUUGAUAGCAUAUUUGGAAAUCUUUUCAUGAGGGUAGGUGGAUUCUCUGAUGCUAUUUCUCCUUUUUAGAUGUUUGUAAAUAGUUUUAAUUUAUAGAGGAGAAAAUCUCACCAUUUGCUUACACUGUUCUGUAGAGCAAUUACUUCUAAAAAGAGUGAUAUCUGCUGGGCUGAAGGCAUUUAAAAAUGCUGCUUGGUACAAGAGAUCACUGAAUAUGUGAUUGUAUCGGUCAAGAGCUCUCUAGUCUGCCAUCUGUUCUCUUUCACACCUGUCCACUGCACUGUUGUUUAUCAUCUUCUUUGACUGUUGAUUGCUAUAUUAGGACUAAAAAGAAAUUAAAGGACAAGCUAAACUCUGUUAGGCCUUUGAUUUAGGAUUUUCCAGGCUAGUCAAAAGCUAAUAUAACGUACAUAAGAGUCUAGUGGACCACUGGAGUUACUAGCAUUAAUUUAUUUAAAAAAAUAUUUUGAAUGCAUUGUUGUUUCCCAUUCCAUUUGUCCUUUGCUGCUCAGACUUUCCUGCAAAAAUGCCAGAUCCAGUCAUGCUGAAGAAAUGCUCAGAGUUGCGUCUCCAGAAUAAUGCUGUGGGCCCUGGCCCAAAGUGAGUGCAGCCCCCAGUGAAAUCAAAUGGGUGUCGCUCCUGUUUACACCAGGGAUGAAAUUAAGGCCUUAUGACGUUUCCUGCAAACUGGGGUGCUUAAGACCUGAUCCAAAGUCCUCGGAGGCCAAUGGAAAGACUCCCAUUGACUUCAGUGUCCUUUGGAUCAGGCCUGUAGUGCUAGUCCAAACCAUUCUUCUGCUCUUCUGUGAAAUCAAAAGUCAGAAUAGAAUUAACUGUAAAAGCUGAAAGGUGUGAUACGUAAUAAGAAACUCUUUUAAAUAGUUGUUGCAGUGUCAAUUUUACUAUGGGAUAUUUACUAACAAACUGUUCACUGCUUGUAAUGGCACCCUAUUUUUCAGGGAUCGCAGUUACUUGCAGUGCCUAAUGUAGUGUAAAUUCUAGUAAAGUAUAUAUUUUUGUAAUUAUAUUUUACUACAUUAAUGCUUGUGUUUCCAAAGUGUUAUGCUUUCUUAGAAUGCCAAACUUCUGAAUAUAUCUUUUUAUAUACAUGUGUUAUCUAAAUAUUAAUGAGCAAUUCACUGGAAGAAAGGUGAUACCAAUAGGGAUCUGUACCAGCUUUUCUUCCAUGAAAGCUAGAAGAAGGCUGCUUUGACAUUCUGUGAAACAUUUCAUGGACAAUGCUAUAUUUUGUAUGUGGCUUUCAGCUGAGUUUUCAUGUUUCUUUUUCUUGCCAAUGACUGAGACAGAACGGGAAAAGGAAGCCUGUCUAAGAAUGGCUGAUUUCCUCCGAGACAAAGAAUACAGUGUCUAUUGUAUUCUUCUGCAAGACCUGAAGGUAAAAUCUCCAGGCAUAUGCUGUGACUUUUUUUUUCUUUUCUUUGAUCUGCAACAAGAAGAAAAACAGUAAGUAGGAGAAGCUGGAAAGAGUAGGGUUACCAUAUUUCAGCAAGCAAAAAGGAGGACGGGAGUAGCCCUGCCUUAGUCCUGCCCUGCCUUAGCCCCGCCUCCAUCCUGCCCUAACCCCGCACCUGCCCCUACCACUUUCCCCCUCAGAACCCCCAACCCUCCCCCCGCUCCUUGUCCCCUGACUGCCUCCUCCUGGGACCCCUGCUCCUAACUGCCCUCCAGGACCCCACCCCCUACCUAAGCCUCCCUGUUUCUUGUCCCCUAACUGCCCCCUCCUAAGACCCCCCCCCAACUGCCCCCCAGGACCCUACCUCCUACCUGUAUCCUGACUGCCCAAAACCUUAUCCACACACCCCCAGAAAGCUCCCCCCCGAACUCCCGAACCCCCCCUCCAAUCUCUUGACUGCCCCAUCCAAAACCUCCCUGGCCCCUUGUUGGCCUUCACCUAAUGUCUCUGUGAACUUGCUCAGGAACGGCCUGAGCCGUUCGUCCCGGCACGCUGGGCAGCAGGAGAGGAGGAGCGGGGGAGGAGCUCCAGACUGCCGGAGGUGAUCUGCGAAUGCAGGGAGGGAGGGAGUGAUUUCUGCUGCAGGGGAAGCAGAGGAGGGGCUCUCUGUGGCUGUCGGAGCCCCAUGUAAGUGGCACCAUCCGGCCGGCUGCCCUGUUAGCCGCGCACGCUCUGCAUGGGGGGUGGGGGGGAAAGUCCAGACACCUACAAAUUCCCCCCGGACGCUAUUUUUAGCUCAAAAAGCCGGACAUGUCCGGGGGAAUCCGGACGAAUGGUAACCCUAGGAAAGCGGGCAAAAGAAGCUUCUUCUACAGCCCCUGAAACUGAAGCCGCUGUAAUAGAUACAGCAAACAUGUGGCACAGACAACAGGCUCAAACUCUUUGCUGAUAUUUGCAUUUAGUAGGUAGCACAGCAAUGUCUAUAGUUAUUGCUUCAAGUUCUUCCACUAAGAACGUUGGUUUGCAGUGCCAGACAACCCAAGGCGUAAAGCCACAUCAACCAAUUUAUGCUUGUGACCUGUGAUGAUACAGUAAUCCAUUUAGUUUGAAAACACUACAUUCUGCUUGUGAAAUGCACCUGAAUUGCAUCUCGGGAAUAGAUUUCACUAUUCUCUGAACUUGUGAAGAGCUAGCACUUUCCUGAAAGACCAGUAAAACCAGCAGGCCAUUUCUUUAGCUGGGGAAAAUCAACAUAGCUCCACUAGCUUCAUUGGAACGACCCCAACACCAGCUGAGGAUCUGGGCUGGAGUAAGACCUCUCUGUAGUUCUCUGUAUCAUCAGGUUUCUUCUGCUUGCUUGAUGGCAAAUUAGUGUCUAACUCCUCUUGUCUUAUCAAUCAUGUCUUCUAUGCAAAACAAAAUUAAUCUGAAGUGUAGCUUUUCACAAUUAGAUGCUUAUUCCUGUUGCUUUUACUACUGUUAACACUUAAAGUUAAUAGCAGCUAUUUACAACACUGCUUCAGUGCUCUUGUAAAUAAUGCUUAACGCCUCAAGAAAGCAGAGAAUAGGGUUUUAUAUCAUUUUUCACUUUUCUGCUUUUGAAUUUUCAAAAGUGCCUAAAUCCCACAUAUAAAAGCAACUUGGGGGACUUAGGAGCCUAAGUGUAUUUAAAAGUGACUUUCAAUAUGGGAGUUUGGCUCCUAAGUCACUUAGGUAUUUCUGGAAAUUUUGUCCUCAGCCAUUUUAAAGAGCAGUUCUGCUGGCAGUGGCAAAUAUAGUUAGCAAAAACUAGAUCCCUGAAUUGAUGUGAAACAUGAACAUUUGCCCGUUGCUUAUUAAACAUAUCUUUAAACAGAACAUCCUUUAUGAACCUGCAGUGCCUUAAUUGCUAGAGAUAUGUAGGUUCUGAUUGCCUGAGUCCUGCAAAGCUAACCAGCUAACUGCUUCUGCUGCCUGUAAGGCUCCUAAUGAGGAGCAACUCAAAUCAUUCCACCACCAAACUUCAUAACUGCUUGAAGUUGAGAUCUCAAUGGUAGCAUUCAAACCAAGUCCACCACACUACAAUAGAAACAAGUUCUUCUUCUUUUUUUUUUUUUAAAUGAAGAUAUCAGUUGUGAGCUCUAACUUAUAUGACCUGAACUUGAGAGACAAAAGCAGAACUAAUGGACUGGGCUAUGAGAGGACAUUUAAUUUCUAGGAAGUGAGUGCUUUUAUUUCUGGGAUACUUUAUCUUUAUUUACUUUUUCACCACUAUGAGUGACAGUGAUAAUAGGCUUUGGUCUCCGCUUAAUGCACCUGGAUUCAGAGACACAACUGCUUACGGAUCAAGAUGAGAAUAGAUGCUUUUGUGAGCCCCAGACUGAGCAAAGCACACAGAAGUGUAUCCUCUUCCCAAGGGAGAACCCCUCUCCUGGGAAUCUGAACAAUCCCCACCCCAUGUUGCAAUGAUCUUUUCUACAGCACAAGAAGGCUGGAGUGUGCUCCCACCAGAGUCUGUCAAGGUUGCUCCACAACUCAGCCUGAGCUGUAUGUCAAGCGGCUCCCCUCUCUUCCAGAAGCUAGGCAUGUAGCUUUAACAGUGUUUCUAAUCUACAAAAGGAUGGAUCAGACUCUGCUCCCCAAUUGUUUUCCUUGGAGUUUGGUUUCCUUUUCUUCCAAUACCUUUGUCUUCUAAGCCUUAAAAUAAAUUGACUUAAUAUAUCAAACCUCCAGUCUCUCAUCACUGGAGCCGUGUUUUCUUUUCAGCUCUGAGACUUGUUGGACCCAAUCAUUUGUAAAUUGAGUGUUUUUAUUGCUGAGGUUUAAAUUCUUUAUUGUUGCUUUUCAUGACCAGCACAAACAAAUGAGAUGGUGCCUUUAGCAUAGGUGCUUUUGGUAUGUUUUUAUAUCGAGACCUUUUUAAUUCAUUCUUAUGUUGCACUCCCAGCUGCCAAAUGUUGCUUAUGAUUUAUUGCACAGAUGCGUUCUGUAUGGUCUGCUUCAAAGACUGUAAUUGAGUGAGUGUUGAAAGCCAGUGUCAAAGUGUUUCAAGGAGAACUGUAAAAUGUGUUGUAGAGAAACAGUGGCAGAGUCCCUAAAAUUUGUAUAAAUAAAGUUGUUUCAUUACAUGUAUC